GGCGCGGGAGGUUUAACCGCGUCGGCGUCAGUCAUGGACCGCUAUCUGCUCUUCCUCAGUUGGCGGCUCCGGGGCGGCCAGACGGAUCCCGGAGGCUUUUCAGGUUUGACAGCUGAAAAUAUUUAUAACUUGCUCAAAAUAAAUUGCAGUCCCUCUCUAAAGGCAACAUUUGAAACUUUCCCAGCAUGUUCUCUUACUGGGAUUCCAUAUGUGAAAGAAUGGUAUUUUGCAGUUCAGUCAAUAUGUGGAUUUUCUCAGUUUUCUAGUACUGACUGGGAGGACAUCAGUAUUAAUGAAGAGACAGAUCAAAGCAAAACCUCUAUUCAAAGAAAUAUUGAAGGAUAUCUUGGUGAUCAGCAUGUUGAGGAAGAAGACGACAAUAGGGAAUCUGUAUCACUCAUUGAUCUAUAUGAAGAAUCUGCGGAGAGCAUACAUCUUUUAGCUGAUAAACUUCCUACUCCUGGAAAAGCCAUGGUUGAUGUUAUUCUCCAGUCUUCAGAAACAGACGCCCCUCAAUUAAAAGACUGUUUACCUGUCAUUGGUGCUCUAAAACACCUAAGAGAAUGGCAUGCAGCAAAGAUCACUAUCAUAGCAAACAAAAGCAACAGUGCUUGGCAAAAAUUUGCAGAAUAUCUUUCUGCUGAUAUAUUAGCUCUUGAAAACGUACAAGACAGUAUUGAUUCAAGGGAACUGUGGAGAGGAAAGAUUCAAAUCUGGGAACAAAAGUUUGGAUCUGAAAUCACAUUUCCAGAUUUUUGUAUAAAAGGCCCUGCAUCUGGAAGGCCAUUCAGCCCCUUCUGCUUAAAUACUUUCUCUGCUGCUGAUGAAAAUAAACAGUCAAAGAAUACCAAUAUUCACUCUGCGAAGGUGUUCCAUUAUUACAGUCCUGCUUUAAAAUUUGUACAGAUGGUGCUGUUGACUCACCUGCCAGCAUGUUUAAUGUCGAACCUCCAUUUUGAGCUGGCUUUGGCUAGAACUGAUGCUGAGAAGAAGUCUCUCCUCUUGUGGGAUCAGCUUUCUUCGCUACAUGGAAAGGUAGGAGCUUUAUUCGUACUGCCUUGCAGUAUAAGCAGUAUGUUGAAUCCUGUACCCAGCCAGCUAAGCUCAAAAAAAUGGAAGGAAUGCAUAGCUGAGAAACACAAAGGUCUCAGCAUUCCAGAAGUUGAACUUAAAGGAGAAACUUGCAAUUAUUAUUUCUUGGUGCAAGGCAAUGGCUAUGGAGGAUGUAAAGCAACAGUAAUCUAUUCAGCCAAUCAGAUCAAUGGUUCUGUCCCUCUUGCAGAAAGUAUAAGAAAGCUGACAACAGCAGGAGAAGAAACAGAAGCAGGUUUCUUUGAAAAGUUUCUCCAAGGUUUCCCACAUUUUUACGGAGAACAGAUUUUACAAAGAGAGAAGAAACUGGCUCAGUUCCAAACACUGGUUUUGAAUCACUGCUUGAAGAGACAAACGUUUGCUGGGCACCCACCUGUAGCUUUAAAGAAUGAACUGCAAUAUCUAUUAGCCUUCACCAGGGAACGUUUUUUUGACUUAUGGAAGGUUAGCCAUCCAAGUACUGUUUAUCCAGGAGCAACGAUUAAAACUAGAGAUGAAGAAGCAAUUGAUGAACCAAAGCUAAAAGAUUCAAAUCCUUUGAAGUGGCCUGAAAGAAAUGUUCUGCAGAACUUGGAAAAUUCUGAGAAGAUUAAGCAAAGAACAAGAGUUUCUGAACAGUGGCUGGGCCAUAAAAAUGGCCAGAAGGAUUCAGUAUUACUUGAUGCCAGGGAGUUGCUUAAGUACUUCACUGCAGAAGGCUUGCCUGUUGGAGAUCUGCAGCCCUUACACAUUCCAAAAAGUGACAGUGCUUUUCUGACACCUGAACUGACACCUCGAAAACUGAGAGCUUUACCGUUUGAAAAAGCUGCUGGCUGCCACUACCACGGUCUUGAGUAUUGCCUGGACCACAGAAGAGCUUUGGAAAGAGACGGGGAGUUUGCUGAACUUCAGUCUCGGCUUAUCCGUUUUGAAACUCAGACCACCUGCACCAAGGAGUCCUGCCCUAUGCCCUGGGUCUUGAGUCCCCUGCCGUCCCCGGCGGUUUUGUCCGAGCCUGGAAGUGUCCCUGACGGAGAAUCUUCACAGAGAGACCUCCAGAUGGAGAGGUCUAAGCUGAAACGGCGAUCGAAAGAUAUAGAGAGCUUUGGUUCCAACAAAAGUUUACUGCAGUCUGAAAGCACAGAUUCUGCCUUGUCCCAGGCGAUCAGAAUCAGCAGGAGUCACCAAGCAACAGUUGUCCCAAAGAAGUGCUUGAAGACUUCAACCCCACUGCCCUCUGCGGCGGUCAAAUCUUCUCAGAAUUGGGUGGUGAACAAAGAAACUUCCAGGAGCAACUCAGCAAGCCAGAACUGUAAUAACGAAUCAGAGACACCGAAGCCUGGGAAGGAAUCGAGGUCUCAGAAGCAUACACGGAUGCUGAAGGACGUAGUGAUGAGUACUCUUGAGAAGCAUGGCGUUGCAAGAGACCACAAGUGCUUCACAACAUGCAGUCAACGUUUAUUUGAAAUAUCCAAGUGUUACUUAAAGGAUUUGAAAACAUCUCGAGGUCUGCUGGAUGAAAUGAAAAAAGCUGCUAUCAGCAAUGUUCAACAGGUCAUUGAUUGGGUUUUAGAAAAAAACAAGAAGUGACAAGUGCAGCACACUGAGAACAUAACUUAAAAGUGUCUUGUUGGUAGAUAUGCCUGAAGUUUGGCAGUACCUGCCACGUGAUGCUCUCAAAUCUUUUGAGAUAAUUAAAUUGAUCUUGGAAGUUA